CCUUUCCCUUCUGGCGGUGCGCGGCGAGGCUCGAAUGCGCUUCAGCAAAUCUUCCCGAAUUUGGGACCGAAUGUUGGGAAUCCUCGACGCUUGACGCCCCCCUGAUCACGACUUUAGCGGACGAAAACGUCACUCGUGAAAUCUUCGCGUCCGCUUGGAGUCGUCUCGUGCACCUUGAAGCUCCUCGGCCUAGCCUAGCCUAGCCUAGCCUAGCUUAGCUUAGCUUGCUAACAAAGAGACGCGUUUGAGAUCAAGCGGGAGGUUUCUAACAAUGCCUAAUUACAUAUUUUAGUUUCGUCUUGGUGACAGUCAUCACAUCUCCCGCUUUGAGCGGAAAAAGUGUUGCGAUCGCCGUGUGAAAAUGUGCGCGAGGAGGACGGCGGCGUACGAGGAGGAACUUCGGGGCCCGAAAGAGGAGGAGGAGCCAAAAGGUCAACGACCGGACGCUGCGUUCGAUCUGCGGCCUCCAACAGACAUCACUGAAGACCUUCGUACUGAGCGGCAGGAACCAGAGCCCCCUCACAUUAAAGAGGAGGUGGAGGACGAAGAGGUCCACCACAUCAAAGAGGAAGAGGAGCCCAUUUUGGUUAAAAAAGGAAAGGAAGAAGGGCGCCCCCACAUCAAACAGGAAGAGGAGGAGGAGGAUAUCACCAAGUUUCCAUCGACUGGUGUCCCUUUGAAGAGUGAAGCUGAAGGUCAAAGUGAGGACAGCAGAGGGGCGGAGCCUCCAAGCAGCAGCAGCUCAAGUCAACACAUGAAGACAGAAGUUGAUGGAGACCACUGUGGAGGAUCACGAGCAGACGGACUCUUAGGUCCACUGUCAGAUUGUGACGACGUGACGUCACAUCCUCCUCACACUGAUGAUAAACCUUCAGAAGGUGAUGUGGCACGUCACACUCACAACAAACGAUGGAAAUAUUCCAGCUGUGGGAAAACAUUUGAACAUUUGAAACAACACACGAGACCACACACUGGGGAAAAACCUUUUGCAUGUUCAGUUUGUGGUCAAAGAUUCACUCAGAAAGGGAACUUAACAAAGCACACAACAAUCCACACUGGUGUGAAACCUUUUUUCUGCACAGUUUGUGGUAAAAGAUUCACUCAGAAGACUGAUUUAAAAAUACACACUAGAACGCACACCGGUGAGAAACCUUUUUCCUGCUCAUUUUGUGGUCAACGAUUCUCUGUGAAGGAAAGCUUAAAAUUACACACAAGAACGCACACUGGUGAGAAACCUUUUGCCUGCUCAUUUUGUGGUCAACGAUUCUCUGUGAAGGAAAGCUUAAAAUUACACACAAGAACGCACACCGGUGAGAAACCUUUUUCCUGCUCAGUUUGUGGUCAAAGAUUCACUCAGAAGGGACACUUAAAACUGCACACAAGAACCCACACCGGUGAGAAACCUUUUUCUUGCACAGUUUGUGGUCGAAGAUUUUCUGUGAAUGGAAACUUAAAGACACAUACAAGAAUGCACACUGGUGAGAAACCUUUUUCCUGCUCCGUUUGUGGUCACAGCUUCUCUGUGAAGGGACACUUGAAAAUACACACCAGAGCCCACGCUGGAGAGAAACCUUUUGCCUGCUCAAGUUGUGGCCAAAGGUUUUCUGAAAAAGGAAGUUUAAAAAAACACACAAGAGUCCACACUGGUGAGAAACCUUUAUCCUGCUCAGUUUGUGGGAAAGGAUUCACGCAGAAGGCAGAUUUAAAAAGACACACAAGAACGCACACUGGUGAGAAACCUUUUUCCUGCUCCGACUGCGGCCAAAGAUUCACUCAGAAGGGACACUUAAAAAUGCACACAAGAACCCACACUGGUGAGAAACCUUUUUCCUGCUCAGGCUGUGGUCAAAGAUUCUCUCGUAAGUGUCGGGUUCAGACACACAAGUGUGCGGGUGAGAAUAGCAGUGAUCAAGAAGCUUUGAAUGCAAAUUGAAAUGUUUUUUAAAAAAUGGAAUUACUAUGUUACUGACUUCCAAAAAUCCACAUUAUUGUAGUCUGUGUAACAGCUUUUAUUGUAUCUUGUUUUCCAUAUAUUUUCAAAAAGCCAUCUGCUGGCAAAUGUUGAGAAUUAGCAUGAGUUUCAAAAUACUUUAAAGGGACUAGUUAAUGGUGAGAACUUUGCCACUUAUGCCAUAGUCCUGGACUCAUAAAUGUCUAAAGAAAAACGUUCUCCAAAAUAGAUUCAGUCGUAAUUUUAGAAUAGUUUUCUGAUGAGAUUUUAUUUUUCAGCCAGAUUUUGGCCCGCCCACAUUUUGGACAUGUCAGCCUGUCACAAUACAGUUCCUCAUACGUCAGCUCAAUUUUGUAUUGAUUGCACCACAAAUGUAUUGCGCAACCCCAAUUCCAAUGAAGUAGGAACGUUGUGUUAAACAAAUCAAAACAGAAUACAAUGAUUUCCAAAUCACGUUCAACCUAUAUUUAAGUGAAUACACUACAAAGACGUGAUAUUUAAUGUUCAAACUGAUGAACUUUGUUUUUAGCAAAUAAUCAUUAACACGCGUGCUUUGGCAUUGUCUUGCUGAAAUAAGCAGGGGCGUCCAUGAAAAAGACGUUGCUUGGAUGGCAGCAUAUGUUUCUCCAAAACCUGUAUGUACCUUUCAGCAUUAAUGGGGCCUUCACAGACAUGUAGGUUACCCAUGCCAUUGCCACUAACACAGCCCCAUACCAUCACAGAUGCCGGCUUUUGAACUGUGCGUCCAUAACAGUCCGGAUGGUUCUUUUCCUCUUUGGCCCGGAGGACACGACGUCCACAAUUUCCCAAAACAAUUUGAAAUGUGGACUCGUCGGACCACAGAACACUUUUCCACUUUGCAUCAGUCCAUCUUAGGUGAGCUCGGGCCCAGAGAAGCCGGCGGCUUCCAUGCAGUGAUUUCUCCAGAUUCUCUGAACCUUUUGACGAUAUUAUGGACCGUAGAUGAUGAAAUCCCGAAAUUCCUUGCAAUUGUACAUUGAGGGACAUUGUCCUUCAACUGUUGGACUAUUUUCUCCCGCACUUGUUCACAAAGAGGUGAACCUCGCCCCAUCUUUGCUUGUGAACGACUGAGUAAAUCAGAGAAGCUCCUUUUCUACCCAAUCGUGGCCCCCACCUGUUCCCUAUUGGCUUGUUCACCUGUGGGAUGUUCCAAUCAGGUCUUUGAUGAGCAUUCCUCAACUUUCUCCGUCUUUUUUGGAACGUGUUGCAGCCAUCAAAUUCCAAGUUAAUGAUUAUUUCCUAAAAAAUUUUUAUUCUGUUUUGAUUUCUGUUUAACACAACGCCCCAACUUCAUUGGAAUUGGGGUUGUACAAAUAUAUAUGUUCCCCUGUAGAUUCCGCUUGUUAGAUCUCAUUAAAUGUUCUAUAAAAACAAAAAAUCCA